GCGGUAUCAAACCACCGCGUCAUGUGCGCGCUGUGAAUGCGCAUGCGCGACGUUGUUUUCUCUGUUCACUCGACAGAUGCCCCCCUUUCCCCUUUUGCUUUAUAUAUGCGUGCAAUAAACGCUUGUGGCUGUUCUCGGCCAAACACUUCGUCGGCAACGUCUCCCUUCUUGCUUGACGGCAGCUAGGCUGCCGCUGCUAUGUUACAGUGGCGACGAGCCAGGAAGGCACCCACGCAGUCAAGGAAGAACCCAACGCUAGGCAUUCAGAGACAGCCGUGCCGCUGACCACGAUGGCCUCCUACAUGCUUCCGAACUUCGACGACCUCACAGAUAAGUGGAAGCCUUACCUCAUCAAAGUGGAGGCGUAUUUUGAAGCUAAUGCUAUUUCGGAUUCUACUAAGAAGAGGGCACUUCUAGUGGCUGCACUUAGCACGUCGACGGUCCAAAUCCUAAUGGGAAGGAUAGCACCUGCAAAGCCCAAUGCCUUAAGUUAUGACGAGGUAGUCAAGGUCUUAAAUGACCACUAUGACCCAAAGCGCAACGAAAUCGCUGAAAGUUUCCAGUUUUUCAACCGGUGUCAGCAUGAGAACGAAUCUAUUCAGGAUUUUGUCGUUGCAAUCCGGCGCAUAGCAGACAAUUGCAAUUUUGGAGACUCGCUGACCAGGCUACUUCGAGACAGAAUUGUCUGCGGUGUGCGCUCAAGUGCUGUUCAGAAGCAACUGCUGGCAAAGAAUGAUUUAACACUGGAGGAAGCGGAGUCUAUAGCUAUAGCUGCUGAAACUGCCGAAAAAGACGCCAGGACAAUGUCAGUAGAAGUACCGCCUGUACUUAAAGUGGAAGCACAUCGCAAGCUACCAUCGAGAUCAAGCGUGGGAAGCGCAGAAAAAUUGGAGUGCGGAAGGUGUGGCAGUUCUAGACAUGAUAGCAGCAGCUGCAGAUGGACUAAAGCCCGGUGUUACUCUUGCGGUCAGAGGGGCCAUCUAGCAAAAAUGUGUCACAACCGCAAUGGUAACGAUGUUCCCAGCAAUCGGCGAGUCCCUCACGCGAAAGCUUUGGUGGUGGAAGACGCUGCUUUAGAAGAGGACAGCAGCGAUAGUGUGCAGAUCUGGACGUUGGCGUCAGCACGAAAGAACUCUCUUGAGCCGCCAAUUCGACGAACGUUUAGUUGGGGAGGCGUGGAUUUACCCAUGGAAGUAGAUACGGGUUCCCCGGUGUGCGUAAUAUCGCGACAGCUUUUUGACAAACAUCGCAAAUGCUGGCCAAGCUUGAAGCCUUCGCAUGUGAAGCUGUCCUGCUACAAUGGAAGAUUGCCGGUGAUGGGCGAGCUUCAACUUCGUGUAAAAUACCGUGAUAUUUCUGUUGACUGUUCCCUUGUGGUUCUAGACUGCCCCGGACCAAGCUUGUGCGGACGAGACCUGCUAAUCCUCCUGGAACAAGCGGGCGUACCGGUACUACGAGUCACGUGCGAAGGCGAGGCGACGGAGAGUCAAGUGAACUGCCACAACAUCAAUGCCAUUCGCGACACCUACCAGGACGUUUUUUCGGAAACCUUGGGGUUGAUCAAGGGACCACCAGCCAGCCUCCUGCUGAAGGGCGAUGCUGUUCCCAAAUUCUGUCGAGAGUUCAUCCUGGUUACCGACCACCAGCCACUUUAG